UAAAUCGAUUUUUCUUGAUUUUUACGAGAAAAUUCGGAAAUAGCAGUACAUAUUUUACGGAAAAGUGAUAAAAUCCGAGAUGGCCACCGAUGUGGAGCCGGCGGCGAAUACGGCAGACAAGUUUUCCGCCAAUGCCGAGGAGCUGGAGAGCUAUUAUUUGAUGCUGGAGGCGGGAAACAUACCGGAGCUGCAGUGGCAAUUUCCCGGACGUAGGGCUCCAUCGCCGGAGGCAGCAUCCGGCGGAAAUAGCAAGGAACUGGAGCAGGCCACCGAUGCCAUUGAGCAGGAACCCCAAAAGGCCAACGAUUUCGACUUCAGCGACGAGGUGGCCCCCACCCAAAUGCGCGUCCGCAGCCAGACCUCCACGCCCAAGUCGGCCAAAAAGAAGACGGCCAACUUCGCCGGCGUCAUGGAGACGCUGAAGAAGAAGAACGCGGAGAGCUCCUAGCACCCGCCAAAAUUCUGAUGCUGAUCUGGAAAUCCAAGGAAUCCGUAUACAGAUCGCUAUGAGGAUGGGAAUCUCCAAAUGGAGAGCGCCAGGAGCUCAAACAUAGCUCUAUACUCUAUAAUAACCUAGUUUGUAAGCGUUCAAAGGGCAGAAUUCCGAUGCAGACCAGUCUGGGGAUCACUUUACAUUAAUUUAGUUGAGUAAAAACAAGCUAAAUUCUAUUUUUAGUUGGGAAAAACAUUGUCUAACUCAGUAAAUCGCAGAUAAAGAGUGUAACCCUUAAAGGUUCUUGCGAUUUCGCCAUAUAUAGUUAAGAUCUACGAGUAAUCACCACUCAACAAGUUGGUCUAGAUAUUUAUAUAUAAUACAACUACUACAAGAUCUACAAGUAAUUACCACUCAACAAGUUGGUCUAGAUAUUUAUAUAUAAUAUAACUACUACCUUGUCAUAAGACUAGCUUGUAAGAACUUUCAUUUACCAUUUAAUAGUUCAGUUUUCCAUUAGAGAGCAAGUACUGGUGCACAGUAUCUUGCAAGCGAGGCAGCCUAUUCCUUAGAAUUAAUGCACUAAUAAAUAAGAGUAGUUUAAGUAGCCGUAAGAAGUUCAUCUAGCAUUUUAUAUAGUUAAAAUAGGUAUAAUAAUGCAUUUAGAACUUACUUUUGUGUUCCAUUUGAAACUUCAUUUCUUACUCAUUCGUUUAUGGCAAUAUUCUUGUUAAUAUUGCCUAAUAACCGCCGUUUGAAGAUUAGCCUAUUUAGGAUAUACGUGAACCACCUUCUUUAAGGUAGUUCAUAGUUAAUUAAUCAUAACGAUUUUAAAAUAGGCAGGUCAAGAUAGGUUAAAAUCUGUAUAUAUAAUGAAUAAAAACUGAAUUUCACAAAAA